AUGCAAAUAAAUUCACCCAGUUUCGUCCUCAAAUUUGCAGAUCCCAGCACAGAGACUGCAGAGUUGGUGGAGUCCCUCGUGCUGAGACCCGUUCUCUCGUGGCGAGCUCGCCCCACCCUCAUCAAACAACUGCCCCAGGGCAGGGUCGUGGGAUAUGACAACACCUACAUGACUCGGGGUACAGAGACUAUUGCAACUUUCAGUCUGGGCUAUGCAGAUGGGUACAACAGGCUAUUGUCGAACAGAGGUGUGGUGUCUCUGGAUGAAGAUGGUCUCCAACUUCAGGUUGUUGGGAGAGUGUCCAUGGACGCCAUCACAGUCCGCUUGGAUAAACCAAAGCCUUCGUCCACAACGUUCAACAUUAUCACUGACGACUUCACCUCCCCCAACAGCGUGACAAAGAUGGCUGCUUCUCUCGGCACAAUCCCUUACGAGGUGACGACAAGUCUAGCUGCCAGACUACCUCGCGUGUUUGUGGCUGGUGAACAUGCUGUAGCUAUCACGAAAUCCUUGGUGACAGACGAGAGAUGA